AUGAGCCCUUCAGAUUCAGGAUUCGACUCCAGUCUGUGUGCUGUUCCUGCUCAAGGCAAGUGUCUGCACGGCUCCAGUUGCAAAUAUGCACAUGCCCUUGGGGAGCUGGAGGUCGGGUACGUCUUUGCUCAGCCGUUGCAUGAGCAGCCACAGAAGCAACAACAGUUCUUGAUGAAUCAACGUGAACAGCAGCAGCAACAACAGUUGCCGGGUCUCCUUCCCGAAAAUAGCCUGCCCCAGGAUUUCUUAUUGCUACAGCAGCUGGCUAUGCAACAAGCUCAAGGCAAGCUUACCCGGCAGCAGCAGCAACACAUGGUGGAACACCAGCAGCUGUUAAUGCUGCUAGAGGCUGAAGCUGCUGGGAAGGCUGUCAUGCCGUCACAAGACCCACAAAGAACCCAGGUGUUUCACCAUCCGCAGCAGCAGCAGCAACAACAGGCUCUGAAACGCCAGAUACAGGAUCUGCAGCAGCGAUGUUUUGCCCCGGACCUGCACUCUCAGCAGUAUUCACAGCAGAAACAGGACAGCUUGCCCCAAUUUCAGACAGCUUUGACCACUGCGCGUGUGCCACAGCAGCCGAAUGAACAGAAGGAGCAUCUUCCGCAGCACGAUGUAGGGACGGCUGCUCGUUCCCCAGGGUCCCUCCAAUUCCGCCUACCUACUUCAAAGGUGCCGGCACUAUCCCUUAGAGCCCUAGCAACAAAGCAGCAGCAGCAACAGUAUCAGCAACAGCAGGCCGGGGAGCAGCUCCUGCAGCAGCUACAGUCCGUUGAUUCGUGGAGUGAAGCGCCCGCCACUAUGCAGAUACCGUCUGCAGCAAUGGAAGCACCAGAGCAGCAGCAGCAACAGCAACAGAGUGAACUUGAAGAAAUUGUCUCACGCCAGCAGUUAAUGCAGCAGAGGUUGCUCUUGCAGCAGCAGCGGAGGCUUCCUGGUGGUCAGCAAGCUUUUGCCGAGGCGGUCUUGCAACACGGGUGGCAGCGUCCAGCCGCAGGUAGUGCUGAUGAAGCGGCAGUUGCUGCAACGACAGCUGCAGCGCCAGGCUACGCAUACAGGGAGCUAAACCCAUGGGGCCAAGCAGUGUCUCGAAGCACAGCCAGCACUGCGACAGGAGACGAUUGCUACUCUUUCGCUUCUCUCGCUGCUGCUGCAGCUGUACGAAAGGCAGAGCAAAGCCUCAAGCCACCCUCUCCUGAGGGACUUCAGCGACAGCAGCAGCCACAGCAGCAACCGCAGAUGAUGCAACAGCUGCAGCAGCACUCGUUGUCCCGGCAAGGCCGCGAAUUGUUACAAGCUGUCGAACUGUUUAGACAUCAGCAGAAGCAGCAUCAGGAUGAACAGCUUCAGCAUAAAGAAGCCCCUUGGGCGCUCCAGGUUGAAAGGUCCAACACGGAGGCGGCACCUGUCGUAUCGCCCUUCGGUAAUUACAGCCUCAGGGAAGUGCAAAGCCGAAUGGCAGCCCUGACACUGCAGCCGCAGCAACAGCAAGCAGAGCAGCAGAUGGAGCAGCAACGCCAGCAACAACAGCUAAGCCAGCACAGGCAGCUAGAAGGCCUUCUGGCCCAACUGGCACGGGAUCAAACAGAAGGCCUCGUUGCGCUUCCGGAGAAGGAAGGUCUGUGCGGCGUGGACACUCAACACCAGCAGCAGCUGCACCAGCAACACAGAGAACAGCAGCACCAACUUCCUAAGCUGCAGCUCCCUAGCGGAAUAACUGGGUCAGCUCCGGCUUCUUACAGACUAGGAAAGAGCCCUCUUCACCGGCCCAACGGAGAAGACACCCCCUGCAUUCAGCAAAGUGCAAGUCAUCCCACAACUGCAACACCGAAGCAGUAG